CCUGAUCGGAGCCUGAUGUCCGCGUGUGUACAAGUGCGGUGUUUGUGUUUCAUUUUUGUGCAGGAUUACUAAUGACUUAAGGCACAAUGCCGAAAAUAUUCCUUAUAAAAAAUCGGAUGCAACUCUUGCUCGAGUCGCAAAAUGCGGCCAAUGCAAAGAAUGAGUCCAACGAGAUCCAUGAGCCACAGCCUUUGUCGCUCAUAGUCUUGAAGAAGGAAGAUCGUGGCGAGUCAGAAGACGAUGGCAAGAGCAAACCCAAGAAGUCACUCGAGCCUCCUCGUCGCUUUACAUCCUCAAUUUUGGGGGGUGAUGUGCCUUACGGUAGUCGAGGUCAUGUUCUCACUCGAGCUGAACGUAAAGAAUACGCCCCCAUCGUACCCCCGGACAAAGUCACUCUUCCUGUUUCAAAGAAACCGGAAAACACUCCCAAACCACAAAACCUAGCUCCCGUACGCCAGUUCUCCGUUAUUCAACGAACUCCAAAAACAACCAAACGAGAUGAAGACAAAGAAGCAAGACUUCCGACAGCCCCCUUGGUCAUACAAGAACCGGAACAGGAACAACCCAUAGACUAUCACAUUCCGAAGAGGCGGGGCGAAACGGAAGACGAAAAUGAAGAGAAGAGAAUCCGAGAGCAGAGACGGAGUCACUGUUCUAAAGUGAGCAAACCGCUAAUUUCAGUCCGGGCAAUUGUUGGAAAGCUGCCGGUGACGAUGUCGGCGGCGGCGGGGCACGGGAGAGGAUCUUCCACGGGGCAAAACUCUGGGAGCCAGUCAACAAACUCCCAAUCGGGUGGUGGUGGCGGUAUAAACUUUUCCGGGGGUUCGUCAGGGGGGAGUUCCGGUGGGUCGCUUGGGGGCGGUACUGGGGGUGGCGGAAUGAAUCCGGGACGUGAUGGAAGACAAAAUUAUGGCCCCAGUAGUCCCCCAACUGGGAGUCUUCCUCCGUUUUACGAAUCGUUGAAAAGUGGAAACAAUGGGAAUAAUUAUAAUGCAAGUGGGAAUUUUUCUUCAAAUUAUUUGGUCAAUAACCAACACAUGGAUUGUGAUACAGGACAAGAGCUUGCCAAUUUGAGUUUAAAUGGAGGGCAAAGCCCCCCGAAACAAUACUCAACCCUCCAAAACGCCUCCUAUGGCAUUGUCAUGAAAGACGAAGGCGACUUGGACUUAUACGAAUCUAAGAUAGACGCAAUGAAUCAAUUAUUGCCAGGGUCGUACUCGGGCUAUGACGACUCAAUGAUGGUAGACAUGGUCACGGGGGCCGUCGUUGACCCUUUACAGUUCACCGCCACUUUGACUUUUUCAAGUUCAGCCGAACACGCCCUUUUGGAAAGCCUCUCCGACGCCGCUGACCUGUCAACCUUUCUUCAACGACUUCCAAGCGAAGAAAACGACAAUGAAGAAAUCAUAAACAACGAAAACUCGAUACAACAAGUCGACCAAAACCUCGACAAUUUCAACGAUCAAAUUCUCACGAAUCGGAAUUACGAGGGCCGUAAUUACCAAUUCUCGAAAAUGUACAAUGAGACACUCCCCAGUUAUCAAAAUUCAGUCAACAAUGAAAAUCUUCAAGUCCAAAUGCACCAACAACAGCAACAGAUGUUAUCACCAACACUGUCGUUUAAUGGCAGUGGCCUUGAUUUAGAUUCACCCACGACGAUGUCAUUGCCAUCUCCGGGGGCGGCGAGUUGUUCCCUCGAUGGUCCCCACGACGGGGGCUCAAUCAGCCCUCCUGCCAACGUGUCCACCAGGCGCACAAGCACCAGCAGUGAGGCUCCUGCCCUCCACGGCAGGGUAAAUGUUUUACAACACAGGUUGCUGUUGCAGUUGGGAUUGCCGUCCGAGGUGCAGUUAGAGUUCGUCAAUGGCGGGCACGGGAUUAAGAAUCCUUUAGCUAAUCAGGAAACGGUGAGGCAAGGGGCGAGGACUGAAGACAAAACCAAAGUAGCGUCGAUCACGACCGAGGAUGGACAAACGAAUUUCUGCUGUAGGAUUUGCAACAAGACGUUCGCGUUGCAACGCCUGUUGAAUAGACACAUGAAAUGCCAUUCGGACGUGAAGAGGUAUUUGUGUACCUUUUGCGGGAAGGGCUUCAACGAUACGUUCGAUCUGAAGAGGCACACGAGGACGCAUACAGGCGUGCGGCCGUACAAAUGCAGUCUUUGCGAGAAAUCGUUUACCCAAAGAUGUUCGUUGGAAUCGCACUGUCUGAAAGUGCACGGCGUUCAACAUCAAUACGCUUACAAAGAACGACGGACCAAAGUGUACGUGUGCGAAGAAUGCGGUCACACAACCAGCGAACCCGAGGUCCACUAUCUACACUUGAAAGAUAAACAUCCCUACAGUCCUGCCCUGCUCAAAUUCUACGACAAGCGACACUUCAAAUUCACGAAUUCGAAUUUCGCAAACAUGCUGUUGCAAGUACGUAAAGUGACAGUUCAAGACCUUCAAUCUUCACUUUUUCCACCGACUCCUAAAUCGACCAGUGGAUUUUUUUCGAAUUUUUACAUUAAGAGUAACUUCGAGGACGACCUUGACGAAGUCAAAAAGGAUAUACCGUCAAGGGAGUUGUUUUCGUUGACAAGGGAAAGCAAUUUUGUUCCUCAAGCGCCGAGAUGGCCCACCGAGUGCCAAGUUUUAGAGGAAAAAGUCAAACAUAUACCUUACAUACCUCCAACUCCAGAACCUUAUUACGUACCAACUGGGAAAGAACCACAACCCAAACCGACCGGAGAGGAAUGUGGCAUUAUUGUUUAUCAAUACACGCCGAUAAGUGCCGUUAAUUAUUUUAGUAGGUCCAGUGUAGGGGGAAGUAGGUAUUUACUUCCCGCAUGUUUGUGUCCAGAGGAAAACACACUCAGAUUCGAAUCGCGAUUCGAAAGUGGGAAUUUAGCUCGAGCGAUUCGAAUUACUCCAAAUUUUUAUGAGUUGUAUUUACGAGCCGAUAUGUAUACUAACCGGCAUAUGCAAUGGUUUUAUUUCCGGGUUACUAACAUGAGGAAAAAUUUUUUAUACAGAUUUUCUAUCGUGAAUUUCUCCAAGGAAGACAGUCUUUACAACGAAGGAAUGCGUCCUCUCAUGUACUCCACCAAAGAUUCACAAUUACACUCAAUAGGUUGGAGGAGAUGUGGUGAUAACAUCACUUAUUACAGUAACGAUGAUGUGACUCCAGAAGAUCCGGAAGCUCAAAUGACUUAUACUCUUUCGUUUACAAUGGAAUUUCCGCAUGAUGACGAUGUAGUCUAUUUGGCUCAUUGCUACCCUUAUACUUAUUCGGAUCUAGAAGAAUAUCUUACUGAGUUAUCGAAUCAUCCGAUAAAAUCCACUUUUACAACAAUAAGACUGCUGUGUAAAAGUUUGGCCGGAAAUAAUGUGCAUUAUAUAACGAUAACGUCGGCUCCGGUACCCGGAGAAGCUAAAAAAAAACGCUCAGUGGUUAUAACGGGUCGCGUCCACCCUGGCGAAACACCCUCCUCGUGGAUGAUGAAAGGCUUCCUUGAUUUCCUCACCAGCGAUUGCAGCGUCGCCAAGGAACUCCGGGACAGAUUUAUCUUUAAAUUAGUCCCAAUGUUAAACCCAGACGGCGUCAUCGUCGGCAAUAACCGAUGCUCGCUUUCAGCUAAAGACUUAAAUCGUCAAUACCGAACCGUGAUGAGAGAUGCCUAUCCGUCCAUAUGGUACACAAAACUGAUGGUACGUCGACUUUUGGAAGAGUGUGGAGUGGCCAUGUAUUGCGAUCUGCAUGCACAUUCCAGAAAACACAAUAUUUUCAUCUAUGGGUGUGAAAACAGAAGAGGAGCAGAAAGGAAGUUACAAGAGCAAGUUUUUCCAUUGAUGUUGCACAAAAACACGGCUGAUAAAUUUUCUUUCGAGAGUUGUAAGUUUCGGAUACAGAAAGCCAAGGAAGGGACAGGGAGAGUUGUAAUGUGGAUGAUGGGGAUUGCAAAUAGUUAUACCAUGGAGUCAUCCUUUGCUGGGUCGACUCUAGGGACUCGGAAUGAAACUCAUUUCACGACCCAGGAUUAUGAACAAAUGGCGAAAAGUUUUUGCCAAACUUUACUCGACUUUUAUGACGACGAUCCGAAAAAGGAAAAGUUGAGAAAUAAAAUUAUAAAUAGAUUAGUUAAAGAAGGGUCAAAUGCGGAUGAACCUACAAAUAUUCACUUGAGUGACUACUCGAGCGAUGAAGGUGAUACUUCAAGUACUAGCUCAAAUGAAGUUGGCCGUGAUGAUGAAGAAUUUUUUUGCCCAGUUGUACCACCACCAUCACCCAUCACUUACAAAAAAUUUAAACCUAAAGUGUAUAAAACUAAAACCAAAAUUUUGACGCGAAGUCCUAACGCAACCAGAAAACCACUACCAAUUUGUAAAGCAACUCUAGGACUGUAUUUAUCCGAGAAGGACUCCAAUUCGGAGAGUACUUCCGAAGAUGAGUACAAAAUCCAAAAAGUCAAAAAAACGGUACGAAGAAAAUCAAAAAAGAAGAAAGUUGGUACCAAAAAGAAGCACCAAACCUGUGCCUUGUCCGACUGUGAAGUUCAAUAUAAAAGUGUAUCCGUGUUUGAGUUGGUCCCGAGUGACAAACUUGUCCAAAAUACGACCAGAAGGUCAAAAACACCACAGCCGAGGGUUGAGAGAAAAAAUACCAUAGCCCAACAAUUAUCUGAAGUCCAGGCAAAACUUUUGACUCUGAAAAACAAAAUCUGGUUCGGCGUCUCUGAUGAAAAUGUACCUUUGUCGUGGGGACAAAGCAACUUCACUCCUCCUCCCAUUCAAAGAAAAUCCCGAAAAAAACCACAAGAGAAAAAAGCUCCGAUCAAAACUACCGAAACGAAGAAACCAUCCGGAUUGCGAAGGCAGACGGCUGUGGAUUGGGGCCACAUUCAAAAAUCGAAAAGUUUUCCCGAGAGCAAAUCAAAAAUAAAUUGCGACGAAGACGACAAAAAAAAGCAAAAAAAGAAGAAGAAAUUCGGAAAAAAGGUGAAGAGUGUCGCUCACGCGAAGAUUUUUCUAAAUAAAGACUGACAGUGCUUUCACGCUCAAACUCUUUACUGCCGUAGAUGUGAUAUUAGGUGGCUGAUUUAGAAAAAUAUUAGUAGGGCCUUUUUCUAAAUAAAUUUUUUUUAAUUAAA